AGCUACAAAUCCAUCUUCCCAUCAAAAGGUCCAAAAAAAAAAAAAAAAAAAAUACUAAAAUGGAAAUUCUAAGAUCUUCAAUUUUGCUCUUAUCAUUUUCAUAUCUUGUCUUUUUUUCUUCAGCAACUUCAGCACCUGAAAAUUUCUUUCAAUGUCUUCUCCGGCACUCUCCACCGUCGUACCCUAUUGCUCCGGCGAUCUUUACCCCAAAUAAUGUUUCAUUUUCUUCUGUUCUUGAGACUUACAUUCGGAACUUGCGAUUCAACACCUCCACAACUCCUAAGCCAUUCCUCAUUCUCACGGCUCUCCAUGAAUCUCACGUUAAAGUUGCAAUUCUAUGUGCUCGAAUCCAUGAUCUUCAAAUGAAGAUUCGUAGUGGCGGCCAUGAUUACGAGGGCGUUUCUUACGUCUCCGAUGUCCUCCCUUUCUUCAUACUCGAUAUGUUUAACCUCCGAGACAUCACGGUCGAUGUCAAAACAAAGACGGCUUGGGUCCAAACUGGAGCAACUUUAGGGGAAGUAUACUAUAGAAUUGCAGAAAAAAAUAAGUUCUACGGCUUCCCCGCCGGAGUGUGCCCCACAGUGGGCGUCGGCGGUCACUUUGGUGGUGGUGGGUACGGUAACAUGAUGAGGAAAUACGGCCUGUCAGUGGAUCAAAUCAUCGAUGCGAAGAUAGUCGACGUCAACGGGAAGCUUCUGGACCGAAAAGCAAUGGGAGAGGAUCUAUUUUGGGCCAUCAUAGGCGGUGGAGGAUCGAGUUUUGGUGUCGUUGUAGCGUACAAAAUCCGAAUGGUUCGUGUGCCGGAGACGGUGACCGUGUUCCGAGUACAAAGAACGUUGGAACAAAAUGAUUUGACGGAGAUAGUAGAUGAGUGGCAGCGUGUGGCACAUGUGAUUGACAAUGAUUUGUUCAUAAGAGUAACGUUUGAUGUUAUUAAUGGAACAGAGAAGGGAAAGAAGACACUAAGAGCGACGUUUCUAGCGAUGUUCCUAGGAGAUUCCGAGAGGCUUUUGUCUGUCAUCAAAAAGAGCUUCCCUAAACUUGGUUUGAAGAAAUCUGAUUGCCUUGAAAUGAGUUGGCUUCAAUCUGUCCUCUUUUGGACAAAUUUCCCACUAGGCACAUCAGUGGAUGCCCUACUAUCCAGAACCCCACAAGUACUGACACAUCUAAAAAGAAAGUCAGAUUAUGUGAAAACCCCAAUUCCAAAGGAAGGACUCAACAAAAUAUGGAAGAAAAUGAUAGAACUUGAAAAACCCAUGUUGACAUUCAAUCCUUAUGGUGGAAGAAUGGCUGAAAUCCCAUCAAAUGCAACUCCAUUUCCUCAUAGAGCUGGAAACUUGUGGAAAAUUCAAUAUGCAACAAAUUGGGAUGAAGAAGGAACCCAAGAAGCCAAACAUUUUAUUGACUUAACAAGGAAACUUUACAAAUUUAUGACACCAUUUGUGUCAAAAAAUCCAAGAACUGCCUUUUUGAACUAUAGAGAUCUUGAUAUUGGUGUAAACCACAAUGGCAAGAACAGUUACUAUGAAGGAAGAGUUUAUGGAAUUAAAUAUUUUGAAGGUAACUUUGAGAGGUUGGUGAAGAUCAAGACCAAGGUUGAUCCUGACAACUUUUUUAGGAAUGAACAAAGCAUUCCAAGGUUUCCUCAUGUUGGACGAUGAAAGCUGAUUUGUGUUCUUUCUCCGUUGUUGUUUGUCUUGUUCAUUGUCAUGUGAAGAUCGGCUUCUUUUUUUCUCCUAAAAUACAAGUGUGUAAGUUAUGUGAUAUAGAUGUGAUGAUUAGGUUGAAAAGCCAUUCUUGAUAAUGUAUUUUUUAUGUAUGUGAAAGUGAAAGGGCUCCUUUCAAAUUAUCUUUUA